AUCGUCCCUCUUCCGCCUGGCGGGGUGGUGACCCCUGCCCGACCGCGCCUCCGAGGGCGGUCCCAGCCCACGCGCGGCUCCGAAAGCCGGCAGCCAGGGCGCGGCGGCGACGGCGAGGCGGGCGGUGGCCUGGCCCAGGGGCGCCGCGACUCCGCCCGGGGCGUGCUGGCGGGCAACCGGCCCUGCGCGCACCGCCGCGCCUUCCUGCUGCUGAUCAGGGAGGCGGGGAGGCAGGCCUGGCGAGGCCGCUGCUCCAACGCCACGACCAGCCAGCCAUGCGCAGGACAGCAGGCAGUCGUGGUGUCUGUAGUGCCUCCUGGGCUGGUGCCAGCCUGUGUCUGCAGCUGUGGCCCAGCUUCGCACCCGUGGCCGACACGGUCAGCCAGCACUUCCUCCUCUCCACCGAGCAGAUCAGCUGGCUCUCACUGGCCUACCUGGUGGUGUCCAUCCCAUUCGGCGUGGUGGCCAUCUGGGUUCUGGACUCUGCUGGGCUCCGCUGGGUGCCAAGCGGGCCGCCUGUGGUUUCCCGAGCACCAGAGAGCCACAGCCAACAUGAUCGGCACUGUGUCAACCCCCCUGGGCAUCCUGGUGGCCAGCCCGCUGUCUCCCACCCUGGUGAAGAAGGAGGAGGACAUCCCCUUGAUGGAAUUUGCAGGCCUCUGCGGGGCUCUCUUCAUUGUGUUUGGGGUCUUGGGGGCGCGGCCUCUUGGCCUGUACGUGGACCGGAUCAAGCAUUUCACUGGAGCUGUCAGGAUCGGCCUCUGCCUGACAUCUCUGGUCUGCAUGGCCUUUGCCCUGAGGGCAGCAGAAGUGAGGGAGGACCUGUCUGAUGUGAACCUUGAAGCUUGGGGCUCCAUGAUCCUGAGGGCUGGAGUCGGGGAGACCCAGGGAGCAGGUUCUGCUAGGGUGGCCUUCUCAGGAAGACGUGAGCCCCCUUCUGCUGGAGAGGCUCCUAGGUGCCUGGAGGGGUCGCACCCGCUCUGGGGAACCAGCACGUGCCGCCUGGGCCACUGCGCAUGCGGAGCCAGUCGCGAGCCGCGCGCCUGGUGACGUCACCCCUCCGCGAACGGGUGCGCGCGCCGUUCUCCCUCCGGC